CGGCGCGGGCAGUGCGGCGGCGGGCGGCGGGCAAGGCGGAGGGGAGCGGCGGCGGGCGGUAGCGGCGCCCGGACCGUCAGUGCGCGGCGCUGCUGGGCGGCUGAGCGGCCGCUGCCUGCCGGCCAUGUCGGGCCGCGGCAAGUCCGGCGGCAAGGCGCGGGCCAAGGCCAAGUCGCGCUCGUCGCGGGCCGGGCUGCAGUUCCCCGUGGGCCGCGUGCACCGGCUGCUGCGCAAGGGGAACUACGCGGAGCGGGUGGGCGCCGGGGCGCCGGUGUACCUGGCGGCCGUGCUGGAGUACCUCUCGGCCGAGAUCCUGGAGCUGGCGGGCAACGCGGCCCGCGACAACAAGAAGACGCGCAUCAUCCCGCGGCACCUGCAGCUCGCCAUCCGCAACGACGAGGAGCUCAACAAGCUGCUGGGCGGCGUGACCAUCGCGCAGGGCGGCGUCCUGCCCAACAUCCAGGCCGUGCUGCUGCCCAAGAAAACGCAGAGCUCCAAGAAGUGAGCGCUGCGUGCCCCUCCCCUGCUCCUGGUCCCCCCACCUCGCUGCUGCCCACCCUGCUGUCCCCGUGGGGAUGGGGGUCCCCUUCCUGCUCCUCCAGCCCGGCUGGGCGGCUGGCCCUAGCUGCAGCCUGCCAGCCCUCCGCUAGCCCCCCCGCCCUGGGCUGCAGUGGGGUGCUGGGGGAGCAUGGGUGAGGUCUGCUUGUGCCCCUGCCCUACCCCUCUUCCCUCUGGAAGAAGCAUUUUUGGAGGAGAUGACAGGAGCGUGGCCGUUGGUGGCGUCUGGAGCCAUAUGGUCGGGUCGCCAUGCGGAGCUGCUGAGGACUGUUUUGGCUGGCGUGGGGAUGGACGUGGGUCCCCCCAGCUGCCUCUGGCAGCCCUGGGGCUCUGCGGGUCCCCCCCGGCUGGCCCUGCUCACCCCGGUGUGAGGAUGGGACUUGCCCCCGCUGCACACCCCCAUCGACACCAUCCCGGCUGCACUGCAGUGGGGAGGGCAGGGGGCUGGAAAAUGUGAAAAGGAGAAGUUUCUCCAUCAGCAAGAAGUGACUGUUAGUCUUAGUUCUGUUCAUGGUAAAGCUAGUGCGUUGCCUACUGUAAAGAAGCUCUGGUCCUAUUUAUUUUGAGGUCUCAUAUUUCGGGGUCCCUCCCUGCCAAGGCACUUUCCUGCGGCUCCCCCAGCUCGGUGGGCACCGAGGGCUCUGCGGUGCCGUGGGUCCUGCCGGUGGGGGGGGUGCAGUGACAAAUCCCCUCGGAGCGUCGCAAGGUCAGGCGCCUGCCGCGGGGAGCGGGAGCUGCCAUCUUCUGCCGUGGCUCCGCUCUUCUCCUGGCGCGGAGCGGCGGCUGCAGAAGCCCUUCGUGUCACUGAGAGCUACCUUGCACCCUGGUUGCACUUCUGGAAAUGACAUGCUGUGUCUUCUUUCUGUUUGUUCAACAUGAUUUUGGGGUUCUGAGAAAUAAAGUGACGAUGCUAUCUGUUAACUGUAACCCUCCAUGGAUUAAUAUUUAUUUUAAAAGAUGCUAGAAUUUGUAUUAAAGCCCCCUCCUAGCUAGUACGGUAUUUAUUUAAUGGCUGUGUGGGUAACGUAUGAGCAUGGGGUCAGGCUGGCUGUCCCGUGACACCGGGAAUAGCUGAUGCAGAGACAGCUUUCCUCGCUGCCCGGAGCAGCCUGCUUCUGUGGAGGCCGGUUGUCAUGUGCAUGCAGCAGUGUCUGGGCAAUCGGGCUGUUCAUAACCGUUUUUUUUUAGUAAAAUGGGCAACUUAUAUUUCUGUGCUGUAAGUAGCAUGUGUUCAACCUAUUGACUCCGCUGUUAAUCGUGUGGAUGAAGUAACUUAGCCUGGCUCUGACUUUAUUACCUAGAGUAGAAGAACCUGGAUGCUUGUCAGCCGGCUUUACGAGGGGGUUUUACGCUCUGUUGUAGGACGUGGAAGCGGUGUGUUUGCUCGUGUUGUGCUCGGGGGGCUGCAGAUGUGUCCCUCGGUUGUGCUGUGGUCCCCUGGCCUCAGGGUGGGGGGGACACCUGGCUGCAGCCCCCCUGCUGGCGCACGGACCUGCUGGGGUCCCCCUUCCUUCUGUAAAGGGACCGCUGCCAGCGGUGGGGUGGGGACAAGGGGCUUCUUCGCAUGUGGGGUGCUGCGUGGAGUGGUGGUCACCGUGGCUGCAUCCAAGGGUCUUGUUCUCUCCCUCUCGUUUGCUCCAGGGCCGGUGUUCUGUACAUCUCGAGAGUGCUUUGUAUUUCUUAGAAAAUGCGGAACUUGUGAUACUGAAAAGAAUGGUGCGAACCCGAUAUCUGAUUAAACUGGAUCCCUGUCGAA